UGCCUCUGCCGUCCCUUCUCUGUCUCCUCAGAGCACCCGCACCACCGGUAAAGUAAAAUGCAAGAGAAGGCUCUGAACGCUUCUACCUGAAUCGGCGGCUGAUGAGCAGGUUGGAUUAUCUCUUCAUGGGCACGCUACACCAGAAAAUUUAGCAAAUUACCAAACAGCAAUGGAAACUUUUCCUGAGAACACAAGUAUGGAAAACUUCAGCUUCUAUUAUUACGAAUUUAAUGAAACGGUGGACGUUGAUUAUAAGUAUAACGUAUCCAAGUUCUUCAUCCCGUACCUCCUGGUCUUUGCAGUGGGCCUCAUUGGUAAUGCCUUGGUCCUCUACAUAGUAUUGAGGUUCAGAAAAAUGUGGACAACCUCCAACAUCUACAUGUUCAGUCUGGCUCUAGGUGACCUGUUUUAUAUGUUAUGUUUGCUGUUUUUUGCCACUGAAAUAGCCAGUUCUUAUUGGCCGCUAGGAGCUUUCAUGUGCCGACUGUUCUGGACCUUGACAACUCUGACUACUUUUUCCAGUAUCUACUUCCUGGCCGUCAUGUCCAUCAGCGUCUUCAUCCAGCUAUAUUUCCCAGCUUUUUCCAAAAAGAGAUGUGGACUUAAGGCAGCUUCAUUGACCAGUCUGGUUGUGUGGAUCCUCUGUUUACUGCUGGGGACUCCUAUAUUUAUCCACGCCGACAUGGACGAGUAUAACAACUGUAAGAUCUUUUGGCCAAAUCCUGUUGCCUUCUGGAAAAUCAGCGUGACAUCCUAUACGUUCACCAUGGCUUUUCUGUUGCCUCUGACAUUGAUUCUAAUUUUCCUCAUUCUGACUGCUCUCCGGGCCAGGAACCAGGAGAAGACAACUGAAACGGAUUUUGAUAGCCUGAAGGAGAACUUGGUUCUGAUCGCUGUCCUGUGCCUGGUAUAUGUCAUUGUCUGGCUUCCCACUCAUGUCCUUGAAAUUAUUUCAUCGACCGUUUACAACUUUCAUAUUGAUGAAGGCGUCUACUACGGAGUCAGCCUCAUAUCUUACUUGAAAAGCUGUAUUUAUCCUAUCCUCUUUGGGUUUCUGUCUCAAAGCUUCAAGGAAGCCUUCAAAAAAGUUCUUUGCUGCAAAAAAAUGCAGAAUGGUGACAGCCCCCACCAGCACCCACCUGAGAGACAAGAGGAAAAAUCCACCAUCUGUUAGCAUUCCCUUUCAGCCCUUGCUAUACCUUGGACUUAUUAAUGGUUUCUUGGCUGGAAUGCUGGACUUUUUGAUAUAAUGAAAUGAUAUAAGUGUAUUUAAAAGACUAUCGUUGAACAGAGAUAUCAUCCAUGUGUCUGUACUACCAUGCAGAGCCAGAUAGAGGUUUGGAACUGAUAAGUACAACCAGUUUCUUUGGAACCAGCUUCUCUGAAGCAUUAAAUGGGCAUGUGCUCAUCGGGCAGUCCUACAUCCAUAACGUGAACUUGGCUGAAGCGGACCUGACCACUGUGUGUAGCUAUAACCACUGACUUGCUAGACACCAAAGUCAACUUUUUUGAAUUUGUUUCUCCAGCGAGUAUAGACAUAAGCUUAAUGAUCAUGAUCAAUAAAUUUGUAAAUUUACUAAUCAGGAUGCUCAUGGCCUGUCCAGACCACGUUUUGUCCACCCGUGAUCAAAAUUGCCAGCUCUUGCUCCGCAAUUAGGGCCGGAUUAUGGGCCACAUGAGCCUGGGGCUGAAAAUGUUCAAGGGCCUAUACUGAGAAGGGGAGGAGCUGUGACCAGUCAUGUGUGGGUGUGGCCAGUGCCAUGUGGGUGUGACUAGUGCUGUGUGGGUGUGGCCAGUGCAAUGUAGGCUUGUACAUUGCCUACCUAAAUACAUAAAAAUAAAAAUAUUUUUGAAUUUUGUGAUUUUUUUAUUUUUUUACUGUAAAUGCUUUUGAUUAACGGCCAACAGCAUGGCCAUCUAGGCGGCUAGACGUCAUCUUGCUGCCAUGAUGAUGGGCCUGUUUUAUGUGGAGAAUAAAUAUAUAGGUGGGUAACCCAGAUACGCUGUCAAAGCAGCCAGUAAUGGGAUAGUCAGUCCCACUAAAUAGAGAAUAUACAAAUAUAAAGGAACUGGCGCUGUGUUGUAUCUCCAAUAAACAGAAAAUGGAUGGAUAAAUAAAAAUUAUUUAUUUAACAUUAGAUAAUGUAAUUCAGAUAUAAAAGGACCCUAAAGAUCACUGUAUAAAACCAUAAAUAUAAUUCAGCUGGUAUUACCCGUGGUGGUGAAUUACAUCCGAACACACUUUAAGUCCUCAGCAAGCGAGCUGUCUGUGUGCAGUAAGCUGGGUUUUCCAAAUAAUGCUCUGAUGUGGUCUCAGUUAGUAGUUGCAAAGUCAUGGGAGUCUUUAGUAGUCCAUAUCUGGAUCCAUAAACAUAGGUGGAGAUAGACAGGGUCGGACUGGCCCACAGGGGUACCAGGGAAACCACCGGUAGGCCCCACUGCCUGAGUGCCCACUCCUUCCUCUAGGGAUCAGGUUCCAAACUGUACAUUUGUAUUAUACAUGGUAGAUAUGUUACAUUACACUGCACUAAACUAUUGUGUAUUUCAAGCCUCUGUGGAGGCUGGCCACACCCCCUUUGUAGGAUGGCCACACCCCUAAGUAUGGGACCCUAUAACUGCAUCUCCCCAGAGGGCCCUUCAUGCCCCAGUCCAACACUGAAGAUAGAUGGUGGCAGUUUUCCGGUCUUAACGUGUUUUCCUAGUCACUGUCACCUAGCUUCAUCAGCUGAUUUUAAUUGGUGCCCUAUUUGGAGCAUAUGCUAUUUGUCCGGGAUCCAACUCUGGAAUUACAAAUUGGGCAGUUAUACAAAAAACCUUUUGCAUCUCAGUAUUAUAUUUAUGGUUUUAUACAGUGACCUUUUGGGUCCUUUUAUAUCUGAAUUACAUUAUCUAAUGUCAAAUAAAUAAUUUUUAUUUAUCCAUCCAUUUUCUGUUUAUUGGAGAUACAACACAGCGCCAGUUGUUAAAUUGUUCCAGCCCACACCCCUCAGGGGAGCAGAUCUGUAGGACUGAAAGUGUUAGCAAUCUCCGCACUCUGCUAUUCAGUAUGGGAAUUAGGAAGCAGAUUGUGCUUCCUAAAUGCUCCAAGUUUCACUCCCGUGGGUAAAUUUAAUUUACUAAAGGUUCUAAGAUGUGUGAUAAAAGUGGUUAUGGUGCCAAUAGCAACCAAUCAGAUUCUGUCUAUCAUGUCUUUAUUGCAUCCUAGAAAAUGAUAGACAAAAUCUGAUUGGUUUCAAUUUUAAAACCCUUAGUAAAUUUAACCCCCGGACUCUAUGUGAAUCACACUAACGUAGCUAUGCGCUUACUUACUAUAAACAUUUUUUGCCCGUGUGGGGAUUUUUCGACAUGAACACAUCUGUAGCAUUACUUUACUUAUAUAAAGUGAAUGUACUAUUAACACAAGAUGAAUUCUCCUCAAACAGAAGUAUCUAUAGUGUAUUCCUCUAUCUCAUACAUAGAGAAUUUGAAUGAAAUUGCUUUUAUGUCAUUAUUCUCCCUAUUUCUGUUCUUACGGCAACACUCAAUAAAUCUUUUU